GCUUUAAGGGGUUCUGAACUCCUCCAGUUGAGGAUCCAAGACCAGAAAGUCGCCCUACCUGGAGGUGUCUACAGACCUGGUGCCUGGGUUUGGGAAGUAGCUGAGCACUGAGUGCCACAGGGAGAGAUGCUCAGGCACGAAGUUGCUGGACCAGUUUGUGGGCUCCUGCAAUCUGGGUGCAGAGUUCAAACAACUUAGAUAAAGCAGGGUAAACUGGGGGUGGCUUUCUGCCACCAGGUUUCCUAGGAAAUCUAUAGAGUUCUUGGAAUAGAAAGAUUGUCCUUGUCUGGGAUUAUACAGUUGAUUGAGAGGAAUUUGCCCGAAGUCUCCAGCACUGGGGAAGGAUCAGUGUGUCUCCUUAGUGGUAGACUGGAGACCCAGCUGUCCCCCUAAGCCUUCUACCAUGGGCCUCUACGUUCUGAUCUUGGUGUCUCUUGCCGCUUUCACAGCAUGGGCAGGACACUCAUCCUCACCACCCAUUGUGGACACUGUUCAUGGCAAAGUCCUGGGAAAAUACAUCAACUUAGAAGGAUUUGCACAGCCUCUGGCCGUCUUCCUGGGAGUCCCCUUUGCCAAGCCUCCUCUUGGUUCUCUGAGGUUUGCUCCACCACAGCCUGCAGAGCCCUGGAACUUUGUGGAAGACGCCACCUCCUACCUGCCUAUGUGCUCCCAAGACCCAGUGACAGGGCGGAUAGUCAAUGAUCUCCUAACCAAUAGAAAGGAGAGUGUUCCUCUCCAGUUUUCUGAAGACUGUCUCUACCUAAAUAUUUACACUCCUGCAGACUUGAAAAGGAGUCAUAGGCUGCCGGUAAUGAUGGUGUGGAUUCAUGGAGGUGGACUAGUGUUGGGUGAGGCAUCAACCUAUGAUGGACUGGUCCUGUCUGCCCAUGAAAACGUGGUAGUGGUGGUCAUUCAAUACCGUCUAGGCAUCUGGGGAUUCCUCAGCACAGGCGAUAAACACAGCCUGGGGAACUGAGGUCACUUGGACCAGGUGGCUGCACUGCACUGGGUUCAGGACAACAUUGCCAGCUUUGGAGGAGACCCAGGCUCUGUCACAAUCUUCGGAGAGUCAGCAGGAGGUGAAAGUGUCUCUGUUCUUGUGCUGUCUCCCUUGGCCAAGAAUCUCUUCUACAGGGCUGUUUCUGAAAGUGGAGUGGCCCUCACUGCAGGCCUGGUCAAGAAGAACGCCAGGCCCUUGGCUGAAAAAAUUGCUGUUACGGCUGGUUGUAAAAACAGCACCAUGGUUCAGUGCCUUCUCCAGAAGACAGAAGAAGAGCUCUGGGAGACUGUACUGAAAUUGAAUCUUUUUAAGCUGGAUUUGCAUGGAGACUCCAGACAGAGUCACCCCUUCAUUCCCACUGUAAUUGAUGGCGUGGUGCUACCCAAGAUGCAAGAGAUCCUGGCUGAGAACAAUUUCAACACUGUGCCCUACAUCGUGGGAAUCAACAAGCAAGAGUUUGGCUGGAUUCUGCCAACUAUGAUGAGCUACCCACCCCUUGAAGUGAAACUGGACCAGAAGACAGCCACAUCACUAUUCAAGAAGUCCUUCUUUUAUUCUUUGGUCCCUUUCCUCAACCUCCCUGAGGAUAAAAUUCCUGUUGCCAUUGAGAAGUAUUUAAGAGACACAGAUGACCCAGACAGACGUAAAGACCAACUUCUGGAGCUGAUUGGAGAUGUGGUGUUUGGUGUCCCAUCUGUGGUUGUGUCCCAUGGACAUAGAGAUGCUGGAGCCCCCACCUAUAUGUAUGAGUUUCAGUAACGCCCAAGCUUCUCACCAGAAAUGAAACCCAGUACUGUGGUAGGAGACCAUGGAGAUGAAGUCUACUCUGUCUUCGGUGCCCCGAUUUUAAGAGGUAGUGCCUCAGAAGAGGAGAUCAGUCUCAAGAAGAUGGUGAUGAAAUUCUGGGCCAACUUUGCUCAAUUGGGUGAAAAUCCCAAUGGAAAGGGGCUGCCCCAUUGGCCAGAGUAUGACCAGAAGGAAGGGUACCUGCAGAUUGGAGUUACCACCCAGGAAGCCCAAAGGUUAAAAGACAAGGAAGUUGCUUUUUAGACUGAGCUCCUGGCUAAGAAGCUACCAUGGACAGGACACACUGAACUAUGACUGGAAGGCUCUGCCCAUCUCAGAGGACCAGGGGAGCCCAAAUGAGCCUACGCCACAGUAGAUUAUUUUGGCUAAUGAUGAGCUAUAUGGGAGACUAGGGAAUUGUGUGGUAGAAGUUGGCAGA